AUGUCCUGUAAGAGGUUCUCGAGGUGGAUAUCCUUUGGCCGCGUUGGCGAUGCAUCGCUCGGCAACACCGGCGGGCUCGGGGGCGGCGUCGCUGGCCGCACCCGCUCUGUCUUCUCUGUUGACAAGCCGCUCGGUUGGUUAGGCGGCCUCGGCGGCAUCUUCGGCCCCGCCUACGCGAUCGGCAGGCCGUUGCCGUUCCCUGAGGCGCGUCCGUGGAGGCCGUCGAAGCGCUACCGGCUGCUGCAGGCCGCCAGCCAGCUCGCCACUUCAAUCUCGGCCGAUGUCGGCUAA